CGAAGUACCAACUGUCUACGACACAGAUGAACCUUGAAAACAUGAAGCUGUGAAAGAUGCCGUCAUAAAAGGACAAAUACUGAGUAAUUCAACUUACAUGAAAUAUCUAGAAGAUGCAAAUGCAGAGAAAGCAAGCAUAUUAGUAGUUGCCAGGGGCUAGGCAAAUGGGGGGAUGGGGAAUUGGCUGCUAAUGAAUAGGGCGUUUACUUUUGGGAUGAGAAAAAUGCUGACAAUUAGAUUACAAUAAUAUCAGCACUAUAUAGUGGCAUUGUGAAUAUACUAAAACCCACAGAAUUAUAUACUUUUAAUGGGCGAGUUUUAGCUAUGUAAAUUAUAUCUCAAUCAAUAUGCUGCAUUUCCAAAUUAUAGGAACCAGAACUACCUUAACCCAUUAAUUCCACAAACCAGUGACCUACUGAGUGGCUGGCCGGCAGUGGGCUAGAUUCCCUGAAGAGGGAGAGAUAAUGAGAUUUGAUCACUCUCAAGUGGGGCCUUGGUGCUAAACCAGUUGUAUAGGUGGACAGUGAUGAAAACCCCUGACCCAGGGAUUAAAGAGAUCUCCCUUGGGAUCCACUGAUUAGCGUGUUAAUAUUGUUAGAUCUUGGGCUGGUUUCUCCUUCGCGGUUCUGUCAAUGGGGUUAAGAAUUAACACACUCUAUUCUGAGGGUGCUUGGGAGGACAAAUAGAAACAGAUUAGCAUCUGGGAAGUGCUCAAUACUUGCUGGGCCACCACAGUUAUACGCCCCAAGUUGUGCUCAGAAGAGUAUUAUUAAGCCAGACCAUCUGGGGCUGACUGUGAGGUCUCUGAUUCCCGACCGUGGAAAAGUUCGCUCACAAGGUGAAGCAGUGGGUUCUAAGAGCGCCUGCGCAGCUGCGCCCCCCAGCCCGCGGGAGCAUGUGUCCCGCCCUGGCGCGUGCGCGUGCCGGCGGUUGCCGAGCAACCGGCCGGCGCGGCUACGGCGCGGGUAUGGAGGCGUCCAGGGCAGUGAGCGCUGCGGUCCGCGAGCACCUGCGGCGAUUGUGUCUGCAGGAGUUCCCCUGCGGCACGGGCAGCUGGAAUAAGUCACGCUUUCUUCCUCAAACUUGGCGAGCAUGGCGGGAGCUGAUCCCCAGAGAGGAGGAGGCUGUGAACCCUGGGGAGGAGACCGUGGAGGCCCUGCUGGGCCUGGUGCGAAGCCCCCACUCACCCUGGGCUCUGCUGGAAGACUCAAGUGCAGAGGACCGUUUUCUGAAAGAACUGGCCAUCCAGAAUCCCCUGAUGUUCAAAGACAGCUUCUUGUACACCUACUUUAGGUCGCUCCGGGUGGUGGACAAACAGGUGAGCCUGGUGGACAAAGACCUCCUGAAAUUUGUGAAGCUCGAAGAGUUGAUACUGAGUGCAAAUCGGAUCAAGGAGGUCAAUGCUGCCAACCUGCCCCCAACUCUCAAGGUGCUGGAGCUCUACGGCAACAAGAUGACCAGCAUGGAGUGUCUGUGUGCCCACCCGCCCCCGGGGCUCCAGCACUUGGGGUUGGGUCACAACAAGCUUCUGGGCCCCAUGGAAAGCCUAUACGUCACCAGCGAUCACUGGCCCAACCUCGUCUCCCUGGACCUGGGCUUCAAUGACCUGACAGACCUGCAGAGCAUGGUGGCCAGCCUGAGGACACUGCAGUACCUGAGGCUGCUGGUGCUGCAGGGGAACCCGCUGGCCCUGGUGCCCUACUACCGGGGCUUCACCAUCGACAGCCUGUCUGGACUCUGCGUGCUGGACGACAUCACCGUGGCGUCCAGUGAGAAGCAUCAGUUCCGGGGGCUUGGUCACAGCGGGGAUCUCCUGGCACAUGAGGCACAGCUAGUGGUGACUAUUGGAAACGUCAGAGGGGUUCUGGACUCCUCAAUCUUGGACCCAGAACCAGGGCCCCAAGGCCCUUUCAUCACUUACAGCUAUUAUGUAACCUAUGAUUUUGUGGAAGAUGAGGAAGGCGAGGGAGAUGACUACGGUGGCGUGCUGGCUGAGAUCGUCAGGCCUUCUCCCAGCACCGAGCAGCUGGGCGAGGACAUUCUUGAAGAGGUCAUUGAAGAGACUGAAGACUCGGUGGAGUCUGGGCCUGAAUCAUUGUCACAGUCGGGGGAGCUGGCAGAGUCUCUGGCCUCUGGGGGAUCAGCACCCUUGCCGCGCUCCACAGACUCUGCAGAAGAGCUGGCCAAGCUGCGGCCGCAUCUGGACCCCCGGCUCCUCCCUUCCCCGGGGACAGUUCUCUUCAGUACAGUCCGCAAGCCCUGGGCUGAUGUCAUUCCCUGUGGCUAUGAGAUGCAGCACACCCUCAAGGACCUGGUGCCGCUCAAGGCCUUCCUGCUGUCCGGGACCACGGUCACCAUCGUGGAGGAGAAGAUUCUCUCCUGGCCUGUAUCCGUGCCGCCUUCCCCUGACAGUCCCUUGCCGGCCAAGAAGGGAAAAGGGGAGAAGGACAAGAAAGGGAAGAAGGAGAAAGAAGAGAAAGACAAGAAGGGAAAAGACGUGAAAGACAAGGCAGGCAGAGCGGAGGAGAAAGAACCAGCCAAGGAGCCGAAGGGUGUCAAGAAGAAGAAAGAGCUUCCAAAGGAACUGCGCCAGGACCCGCCCAUCCUGAGAGUUCUGGGCAGCGGCCUGGUGAUCCUGGAGCCCCUGCUCGCGGGGGAGCCUUUCGUGUCCACUGUGUGCAACUUCGGGGUGGUCCGCACUUUGGAGACCGACCAGCUGACGUCUGCCAGGGAUGCAAAGAAGAAUAAGAGUAAGAAGGCUAAAAAAGCUGCUCUCGAGGCGAGGAAGACCAAGACCAAGGUGCCAGCACUAUCAGAGCUAAAAUCUGCGGUUACAGUGAACGACGGUGACUACGUCCCCGACGCCCUGACGGUGGAGGUCCAGAUCCAGUUGAUCCAGUGCCGUUCGACAGAGGAGGCGCUCCGGACGCUUCUGUAGCGCGGGAUUAAAGGCUGUUCCGACUCCGCAGCUCCGCUUCUGUCCGCCUCGGUGGCGCGUCCUGGGAAGCGGGUGCUGGCUGGGGGCGCUGGGGGCGUGGCCGGGACUGGGAGCUGGUGGACCUGCCAUGUUCCGCAGGGUGGGCUGGCUGGUCCUAUACAGCCUCGUGGUACUGCUCAGCUGUCUGUUCUUCCUGAAGAGAGAUGCCCAGCCAGCGAGGGGGCCUGUGGUGAGACAGCCCUUCUGGGCUCCCUCAGGGCCCCGGCACAGCUCGUGUCCACCCAACCACACAGUGGCUAAUUCCUUCCUGUUCCUGCCUAACCGUCACCGCCUCUUCCUGACCUAUCGCCACUGCCGCAACUUUUCCAUCUUGCUGGCGCCUUCAGGCUGUACUGAGGACACCUUUUUGCUCCUGGCCAUCAAGUCACAGCCUGGCCAUGUGGAACAGCGUGCAGCCAUCCGCAACACAUGGGGCCGUGCAGGAAGCUGGGCUAAGGGCCGGCAGCUGAAGCUGGUAUUCCUCCUAGGAGUGGCAGGACCCACACCCCCAGCCCAGCUGCUGGCCUACGAGAGUCGGGAGUUUGAUGACAUCCUACAGUGGGACUUUGCUGAGGACUUCUUCAACCUGACACUCAAGGAGCUACACCUGCAGCGCUGGGUGGCAGCUGCCUGUCCCCAGGCCCAUUUCAUGCUAAAGGGAGAUGAUGAUGUCUUUGUCCAUGUCCCCAAUGUCCUAGAAUUCCUGGAUGGCUGGGACCCAGCCCAGGACCUCCUAGUGGGAGAUGUCAUCCGCCAGGCUCCACCCAACAGGAACACCAACGUCAAAUAUUUCAUCCCUCCUACCAUGUAUAGGGCCAACUAUUACCCACCCUAUGCUGGGGGCGGAGGGUACGUCAUGUCCAGAGCCACUGUGCAGCGCCUCCAAGCAGCCGUGGAAGAGGCCGAACUCUUUCCCAUUGAUGAUGUCUUUGUGGGGAUGUGCCUGAGAAAGCUGGGGGUGAGCCCCACGCACCAUGCCGGCUUCAAAACAUUUGGAAUACAGCGGCCGCUGGACCCUCUGGACCCCUGCCUGUACAGAGGGCUUCUUUUGGUACACCGCCUCAGACCCCUGGAGAUGUGGACCAUGUGGGCACUGGUGACAGAUGAGGGGCUCAAGUGUGCAGCAGCCCCCUUGUCCCAGCUUCGAGGGGUGGGUUGAGUGAGUGGACUUAAUUUUCCAAUCACAAGGAGAAAUUGAGAACCUUGAAACUUGGCCCUUGAUGGUCUACAGGAAAUGCUGACUUCAUUUUUGUAACCCCCUCCCAAACCUUGCUAAUUUUGAUUAAAACGCUGAAACCCA